GCUCAGAAUCGUUUCAGGAGAAUCAGAAGACUGUUGAACUGUUCAGCCAUCAACCCUAAAAUUAAAUUCAUCUUUGGAUUUAAAAACAAAAAACAGUCGAUAUAUCAUGUCUGCCUCGUGGAUGCCAUUUGUCUUUUCUUGCUCAAUGCUGUGCAUGUGGACUGGUGUGGAGUGCUGGUCUUACUUUCACUCAGACACCACAAUGGACUGGGUGUCAGCCAGAAAAUGGUGCCAGAAAAAUUAUACAGACAUGGUCGCCAUCCAGAAUCGAGAGGAGAUCGAGCACCUGAAAAGAAUGCUACCGAGGAAAGCUGGCUACUACUGGAUUGGGAUCCGCAAGGUUGAUAAUGUCUGGACCUGGGUCGGGACCAACAAGUCACUCACAGCAGAAGCAACCAACUGGGCUUAUGGUGAACCAAAUAAUGGCCAGAACGGGAUAACCUCAGGCCAAGCUGAGGAUUGUGUUGAGAUGUACAUUAAAAGGGAAAAGGAUGAAGGGAAAUGGAAUGACGAGCGGUGCGCAAAGGAAAAGACCGCUUUGUGUUACACAGCUGCCUGUAAAAGCGACUCAUGCGUCCAUGGUGAAUGCGUGGAGACCAUCAACAGCCACAUGUGUAAAUGCUCUCCAGGGUUUUAUGGAGAAAAGUGUGAGCAAGUUGUGCAAUGCAACAAAGAUCAAGUGAUCGCUCCUGAAAACGGAAGCGUAACUUGCAGUCACAAGCACAAGAACUUCUCCUAUGACUCUUUGUGCCAGUAUUCAUGUGAAGAAGGAUAUCAGCUAAGUAUGUCAGAACCUCAGAAAUGCCAAGAAACAGCGACAUGGUCAAAGCAGUCCCCGACAUGUGAACUGAUUCAAUGCCAGGAGCUGUCUGCUCCCGAAAGAGGAUUUAUGGAGUGCUCUGAUCCACUGAGAAGUUUCAGCUAUAGCUCCAGCUGCAGCUUUAUCUGCAUGGACGGAUACGAGCUGGACGAUUCGUCCUCCAUCACUCUGCACUGUGAAUCAUCUGGAAAAUGGAAUGCAUCAGAGCCAUCAUGUGUUGCUGUUCAGUGUCCGGCCCUCCAGAAUCCAGACAACGGUUUCGUUACCUGUGAAGAUGAUACAGACAUGAGGUUUAGCUAUGGAAAGAGGUGCAGCUUCAGCUGUGCCCCUGGCUACCACCUGAUCGGAUCAGAGACGAUCACCUGUACAUCAGAGGCUGUUUGGAGUGACAAGAUGUCGCUGUGUGAAGCUGUUCAAUGCCCCGCCCUCAAGGAUCCAGAAAACGGCUCUCUGAAAUGUGAAGAUGGACAUGGCUAUGAAAAGAACUGCAGCUUUAGCUGUGAACCAGGCUUCGAACUGCAGGGUGUGCACACCAUUCAAUGUUCUGAGGAUGGACAGUGGAGCAAUGACAUUCCUACCUGCAAAGCCGUCCAGUGUCCAGCCCUGCUAGAUCUUGAAAACGGUGCCCUGACCUGUGACACAGAGAUGAGGUUCAGCUACAGAACGUCAUGUAGCUUUAGCUGUUAUCCAGGCUUCGAACUGCAGGGGGCGCACUCCAUUCAGUGUUCUGAAGAUAAAACGUGGACUGAUGCCAUACCUUCCUGCACAGCUGUCCAGUGUCCAGCCCUGCUGGAUCUUGAAAACGGUGCCCUGACCUGCGAAGAUGACGCGGAGAUGAGGUUCAGCUACAAAAAGAGCUGCAGCUUCACAUGCGUCCCUGGUCAUCGCCUGGUGGGACCGAGCGAGGUCACAUGCACAGAAGAAGCAGAAUGGAGUGAGACAAUGCCACACUGCGAAGCCAUCACUUGCCAGAAUCCGGAUGGGGCAGCUCACAUGGUUGUAGAAUGCAGCAAACCUUCAACCGACCUGGACCCCAGCUCCACUUGCAGCUUUCGCUGUGAAUCCGGCUUUGAGCUGCGGGGAGCAAACACCACUACAUGCAGUCAAGACGGACAGUGGAGUGAGGCCCUACCAACCUGCAAAGCUAUCAGGUGCCCUCGUCUUGACGCUCCGGAAAACGGUCGUAUUAAUUGCUCAGACAGCCAGCCGGUCUUCAACUCUCAGUGCUCCUUCGCAUGCGACCAGGGUUACAUGUUAGAUGGACAUGAGAUCCUGACCUGUGAUCGCCGUGGCAGCUGGACCGGAAAGAACCCCACUUGUCAAGCUACUCCGGCUCCUGCCACUGUUAUUACCACUGGUGUGGCAGGAGGAGCCACUGCUUUGGCAUCCGGUGUGUCUCUGACCAUGUGGAUCUUGAAAAAAAUGAAGCAAAGGGCAUCCAAGUUUGAGCUAAACAGCACCUCUGACUCGGAAGAACCGCUUCAGGUCUACAAAAGCAGCGAUGACAGUCUCAUCUAAGCCACAGAUAUUCACAAAGUAACAGACAGAAAUCUUGAUUUAACCAGAAAGGAUGGACGCAGCACGCGUGAAUUUUCUCCCAAUGGGAGUUUGAUGUUGAACAUAUUGUUCUGUAGCACUAUCAGUAUGCUGGAAACGUAUUUUACUUUGGCCUUACUGUGAAUGUUUUAUAAGACUGUGAGUGUACUGUGAAUUAUUUUGGCAUAUUAUUAUCAGUAUUUAUAUAGUAUUAUUUAUGGGAUCUGUAUUUCUGAAUGUUAAGUAUAAAACUGAUUUAAUGCAAACAUCUCCUGUAGCUGUAGUUCAUCUGCAUCUGUGAGUGUAUGGGCGAGUUUUCUAUAUGCGAAUAAUCUUAAUAAACAUGGUUAAAUACA